AUGAUCAAGGCUCAGGACUCACUGACGUUCAGCGACGUGGCUGUGCAGUUCUCCUGGGAGGAGUGGCAGCUCCUGGCGCCUGCUCAGAAGGACCUGUACCGGGACGUGAUGGUGGAGAACUAUGGGAACCUGGUGGCCGUGGGGUAUCAAGUUACCAAGUCUGAUGCGCUGUCCAGGUUGGAACAAGGAGAAUUGCCCUGGACUAUGUUGGAUGAAAUUGACAGUCGAAUCUUUUCAGGAGAAAAACCCCAUAAAUGUUAUUUAUGUGGGGAAGCCUUCUCCAGACAGUUUAAGCUUAUGGAACAUCAUCGGAGAAUACAUAGAGAGGAAAAACAUUUUGAAUGCGUGGAGUGUGGCAAAACCUUUCUCAAGAAAUUACAGCUCAAUAUACAUCAGCGAACUCAUACUGGAGAGAAACCUUAUGUAUGCAAUGAAUGUGGGAAAGGCUUUAUCCAUAAAGGAAAUCUCAUUAUUCACCAGCGAAUUCACGCUGGAGAGAGACCCUACAUAUGUGGGGAGUGUGGAAAAGUCUUUAUGCGGAAGGGAAAUCUCAUUACUCAUCAGCGAACUCAUACUGGAGAGAAACCCUACAUAUGCAUUGAAUGUGAAAAAGGCUUCAUAAAGAAGGGAGAUUUCAUUAUUCAUCAGCAAACUCAUACUGGAGAAAAACCCUACGUAUGUGAUGAAUGUGGGAAAGGCUUCACCCAGAAGGGAAAUCUCAUUAUUCAUCAGCGAACUCAUACUGGAGAGAAACCCUAUGCCUGCAGUGAAUGUGGGAAAGAUUUCAUCCGGAAGCAGUAUCUCAUUAUUCACCAGCGAAUUCAUAGCGGAGAUAAACCCCACAUAUGCAAUGAAUGUGGCAAAGCCUUCACCCGGAACAGAAAUCUCACUAUUCAUCAGCGAAUUCAUACUGGAGAGAAACCAUAUGUAUGUGAUAAAUGUGGGAAAGGCUUUAUCCAGAAGGGAAAUCUUAUUAUUCAUCAGCGAAUUCAUACUGGAGAGAAACCCUUCACAUGCAGUGAAUGUGGGAAAGGCUUCAUCCAUAAAGGAAAUCUCAUUAUUCACCAGCGAACUCACAGUGGAGAAAAGGCCUACAUAUGUGGUGAAUGUGAUAUUUCUGCCAUUGGCCUCUCUGCUGCUAAUGGAGCCAGCUUAUACCCAACAUAG